AACGACAGCCCGCAAACACAGAGUUCUCUCUGCGCAUUGGAGCCUGUGCCCGCAAAAGUGAUCGACCAGUUGUUUUUUUUUUGUUCCCGUUGUUUAACCACCGGUUACUCCCGUCGCUAAUACGCAAACACCGCCAACGAUCAUCGGUAGCGAAGUAACGAACACGUCCGCCACAGUAUACCACGCGGGAGACUCGUAGAACCAUGAGGACGUACUACGUGAUUGCCGCCAUUCUGAUCGCCGGCGCGAAUGGCCAGGAGAACUUCAAAUGCCCCGACGACUUCGGGUUCUACCCUCAUCACAUAUCCUGCGACAAAUAUUGGAAGUGCGACAAUAACGCAGCCGAGCUGAAAACCUGCGGCAACGGGCUCGCGUUCGACGCCAGCGACAGCAAGUUCCUCACCGAAAACUGCGACUACCUCCACAACGUUGACUGCGGUGAAAGGACGCAGCUCGAGCCGGCGAUCAGCACGCCCCAUUGUCCGCGAUUGUACGGCAUCUUCGCCGACGAUAAGAAAUGCGACGUGUUCUGGAACUGCUGGAACGGAGAAGCAUCCAGGUACCAAUGCAGCCCUGGACUAGCCUACGACCGCGAGGCCAGAGUAUGCAUGUGGGCUGACCAGGUGCCCGAAUGCAAGAACGAAGAGGUCGCGGGAGGUUUCACGUGUCCUGCCGCCGGCGAAGUGAGCGGAGCAUCCGGCAGUUUUAGCAGACACGCCCAUCCCGAGGACUGCAGAAAGUAUUACAUUUGCCUGGAAGGCAUCGCCAGAGAGUACGGCUGCCCGAUCGGCACUGUCUUCAAGAUCGGCGACGCCGACGGCAGCGGCGCCUGCGAAGACCCUGAGGACGUUCCCGGAUGUGAGGAUUACUACGGUGACCUGGACCUGAAGAGCAUCAGGAAGAGCGAGCUGCUUGCGGGAAUUCAGAAUUCGGGCGAGACCAGGAAGCCCCAAGGUCAAGGGAAACCGAGGCCCCCGUCGGCACCUGCGAGGCCCAACGCACCCCUCCAGGAAUAAUCUCUAACCUCCCCUACUAUGUCUCCUCCAAUCUCGCGUCUUCUCAUCCCCCUCUGUUCCCCAUCUCUCCAUCCCUCUUCACGAAACGCUCUCUCUCUCUCGCGCGCGCUCUCUUCACUCUCUCUCUCUAUUUCUCUCUAUUUCCUCCUGUCACACACAUCUACGUACACGCGCACACACACACGCACACAGACACGAACGUACUCAUACAAUCUCGAGCGAAGAGCCCAGGUGUUCGAUACCUCGGCGAUACGUGCUGGUGAUUAUGAGAAGCGACCCCGAUCGCGAGAAUCGAAAGCGUCGUUCGCAACGAUCGCUAUCAAAGCUUAGCUGGAGUCGUUCAAUUCGACUCGGAGGGGCCGCUCUCGUGAUUACAGGUAAACGUCUAUGUUACACCGGGAGCCAAGAGUGACCGCCUCCUAUUCUCGUAGCUUCCCGUCGAAAUUGCUAGGGAAAGAUCUUGGAACCCUGGGAACGGCAACCGAGAGAAAUUCGUAGAGAUAGAUUGUAUUCUUGGAAAUUUCACGAGAUCCUCCCGACACACCAACGCGAGUAGUCUCGACGCGCCCGGCUCCGUUUUCGACCUGUUUAAUUAUCUAAUUAGUUAGUGGAGAGCGGCACGCGCGUGAAAUUAUCAAGAGACUGACCGUAGCUCGUCGGAGCUCGGGCGAGCGAUCGAGACCUACGGAGGGAGUUAUUCGGAACGAUCCGCGCUCGAUAUUCGAUUACGCGAGGAAAAUUCGCGAUCGCGUCUUCUCAUCGAUUUCUACCAUUCUAUUGUCUCACCCUCGAUUUUUCGCCGUACCGUUCGUUGCCGUGAGACGUUCGAUCCGAGGGAAAAAUCGCGGUCGCGGAGGUGGAUCGAGAUUCUCGCGAUCCGAGGCUGCCACCCACGCACUCUUGGCCUCGGUCGAGCAUAAGCUUGCGUUAAGCUAGACUCAUCCGUGUAUUUGUAAGUAAUGUGAAAGAUUCGUAUAAUAAAUGGAAAAACAUUCGUGAGA